AUGCCCCAACACCCCCACCUCCUCAACACCCCCACUUCCUCAACACCCCAACACCUCCACCUCCUCAACACCCCAAACUUCCCCAACACCCCAAUGCCCCCACUUCCUCAACACCCCAAACUUCCCCAACACCCCCACCUCUGCAAUAUCCCAACACCCCACCUCCUCAAAGCCCCAACACCCCCACUUCCACAACAACCCAAACCUCCCAAACACCCCCACCACCCCAAUGCCCCAACACCCCCACUUCCUCAACACCCCCACUUCCUAAACACCCCAAACUUACCCAACACUCCAACACCCCCACUUCCUCAACACCCCAAACUUACCCAACACCCCACCUCCUCAACACCCCCAACACUCCCACCUCCUCAACACUACCACCUCCACAACACCCCCACCUCCUUAACAUCCCCAACACCCCGUCCCCUCAAUGACCGCAACACCCCCACCUACUUAACACCCUCAACAGCCCCACCUCCUCAAAGCAUUAAAACCUGGGAGAUAUACACAUCCCCAACACCCCACCUCCUCAACACUCCCACUUCCUCAACACCCCAAACGUCCCCAAUACCCCAACACCCCCACCUCCUCAAAGCCCCAACACCCCCACUUCCACAACAACCCAAACCUCCCAAACACCCCCACCACCCCAAUGCCCCAACACCCCCACUUCCUCAACACCCCCAGUUCCUAAACACCCCAAACUUACCCAACACUCCAACACCCCCACUUCCUCAACACCCCAAACUUACCCAACACCCCCACCUCCUCAACGCCCCCAACACUCCCACCUCCUCAACACUACCACCUCCACAACACCGCCACCUCCUUAACAUCCCCAACACCCCAUCCCAUCAAUGA